UGUUCAACAUCAUGAUGAAUUAUAUGUUCUCAAACUUAGAUUUAUACAGCAAAUCUAAUUUUAAAAUGACAUUAUAUUACAUAUCCUGUACACUAGGUGGCGGUAUGCAAUCCGCCAUUAAAUAAGGGAGGAAGAAGAAGGCAAACAUCCUCUACUACCACGUAGAAAGCGGGAUAAGCUGGGAAUAAGUUGACAAAAGUGAAGUUGGAGUUGUAACAAUGGCGCUGGGUGACUGUUGGAAGCAGUUAUCCUGGUUUUACUACCAGUAUCUUCUGGUGACGGCGCUCUACAUGCUGGAGCCCUGGGAGAGGACGGUGUUCAACUCGCUGCUGGUCUCGGUGGCCGGCAUGGCCGUCUACACCGGCUACGUCUUCAUGCCGCAGCACAUCAUGGCCAUCCUGCACUACUUCGAAGUCGUCCAAUGACACGACGGCGCCGUCCACAGGUCCCGCCUCUCCAUCUGUCCACCCGCCGCCCCCAAAGCUAACUCCAUGGCAACAGUCAAAGUUUGGGGCAUCGUGCUUGAGGUCACGUUGGACCAUCUUAUUCCCCGGGACGGUUUCUUUCCUCACUGAGAUAUACGCAGUGGUGUAGUCUUAACAUAUA